CUCUGAAAUCGCCCCCUCCCAGUCUCCCAGACUCCCAGCCCCAGCCCCAUCCCUCCCAAAAAAGGGUUUGCCCUAACUUCUCACCCCUGCGGCGGUGCGGCCCUGCCACCGACCCGUGCGGCGGUCGCGGUCCCUUCCCCUCCCCCUCUUCCCUUCCGGCUGCUCGCCGAACGCAAUCGGAAGCCCCCCUCUUCAGAAAUCGAAGAUCGAGUUCUUCACUCUUCAGAAAUCGAAACCCUCCCCGUCGCCUCUUCCUCUUCCGCUUCCGCUAUCCAACGAUAUAUAGAUCAGUAAUAAGAGAAAAGAAAAAGGAAAAGAGAAAGAAAUAAGAAAAUGCCUCCUUUUACCUCCUCCUGGCGCCUCCGCACUCCGAUCUCAACCCUUUCCCACCGCUUCCGCGCCGCGCUGCCCAGACUCCUCUCCUCCGGGGCCCAGCAGCCCUCGUCGUCGUCGGCGGCGGUGGGCCCCCUGUCCUGCCGCCUGGGUUCCCGCUCUGUAGUCCGAUUUCGCGGGCCCGACGCCGCCAAGUUCCUGCAGGGCCUCCUCACCAAUGACGUCCGCCCUCUCGCUGUUCCGCCCGCCGCCGCAGUUGGAAGCGACGAGUCUUCCACCCACUUUCCCACGCCCAAUGUCUCUCUCUACCACUCUCCCCCUAUCUACGCCGCCCUGCUCACGCCGCAUGGCAGGUUCCUCUACGACCUCUUCCUCUAUCGCCCGCCUCCCGCCGAUCACAAGCUCGACCGGACCGGCUCUGGGCCUGGAAAGGGCGAUCCCCACGACCCGCUCACUUUGCUCGCCGACGUCGAUGCGGUCGUCCUGGACGAGCUCUUGGAUUGCUUCAACAAAUAUAGGCUCCGGUCCAAGGUUGACAUAGAGAACGUGAGCAAGGAAUUUGCUUGUUGGCAGAGAUUUGGUGGUAACCUAUCUAACGCUGCACCAUCAACUCAAGAACCUGAAGCUGCAUCUGUUGGUUGGGGAACAGGCAUCGAUCAUGCUGCUGAAUCAUCCGCACAGGGAAAUAGUAUUGGUUGGAAAUGGUGCAAAGAUCCUAGGUUGGAUUGCUUGGGAUAUAGGGGAAUCUUCCCAUCUAACACAAUUCCACCAUUAGUUGAAUCCGACAAAGAAGCAGAUGAAAGACAUUACCUUCUAUGGCGAUUACAGCAAGGAGUUGCUGAAGGUUCGACUGAGAUACCAAAAGGUGAAGCUAUUCCUCUUGAAUACAAUUUGGCGGGACUGAAUGCUAUAUCCUUUGAAAAAGGUUGCUAUGUAGGCCAGGAGCUUGUCGCACGGACACAUCAUCGCGGUGUUAUUCACAAGCGCUUGCUUCCUUUUAAGUUUUUAAAUGAUAAUGGUGAAGAAGUUGAGCAGGUUGUAUCCCCUGGUUCAGAGAUUGCGGAGAGUAAUUCCAACAAGACAGUUGGCACUGCAAAUACGGCAGUUGGGUGUUGUGGAAUGGGCAUACUCAGACUCGAAGAAGCAUUCAACCCAUCAUCUACACUCACAAUCAAGGAUCAAAACAAGAUUCAAGUUAAGGUUAUUAGACCAGAUUGGUGGCCUACGGAAUGGAAUCAUGUACAUGAAGAACAAACUGUUGCUGCUUAAUUGUGACUAAAUUGUAAUCUCUGAUGAUGAGGGAUUUUGAGUUGAUAGCGUUUGAGCUAACUUAUGUCUGUAAUCUUGGGUAGUUAUCACUGCCUCGAUUGUAGAGUUUAUGUAGCAGUGCAAGGUGAAUAAAAAGAUUUUCAGGAAUGUCAUUAGGAGACUGACUAGUGGAGAAAAAGUUACUGAUUGUACCGCAUAUUCUAAAUUUUGCAUUUACAAGUCCAGGACUCUCCAUUAUCAAUUUUA